AUGCCUUUGCUGCCCGGCCAUCACGGCCAACCAACCAGUCCUAACCCGCGCGAAAUCCGGGGUGCAUGGGUGGUCCGUGAUCAGCAGCCUCCCCCCUGCCACCAGGACAAACGCCACGGCGGGAGGUCCCGCCCCGGAUUCGACCGCACAGGUCCCUGGUGGCCCUAUGUAUCUGCGGCGACGACUGAAGACCAGGGGUUAUUCCCCAAUGACACGGCCGCCCCACGCAGAUCGGCCGGGAAUACCACACAAGAGGGUCGCAUUUCCGUAGCGGCCGAGACGGGGGCGGACGGGUUGAUGAACGCCAACGCCGACGCGGCCGUCAAGCAAAGGAUAAAUAAGGAAUAUUUUCCGAGGCCCUGGGAGACCGUCUCGUGCGGGCUCCCUCGGUUAUCCUGCUGGUUCAAUACACAUGGCUGGGAGGAGGGCUGCAAUAGCUGUGCUGCCAGGGUUACUACGAUUGUGCCGACUGGCAAGGCCGCGGUGCAGGACCACGACAGCGAGUCACCAACCACGCUAUCGCUUUUGUUCCGCCCACUCUCGUCUUCUGUGACGUUUCUGUUCUCCAACUCCAUUUCCGUCUCGAUGCUCGCCCUCAAGUCUGCCAGGCAGGAGACCUGCCUGUUUGGCGAGAGGAUACGAAGUCCAAGACCUACACUUUAG